AAUUCUUAACUAGGCCAUGAUUAGGCAUGGGCUAGAUAGAUUAUAGGCCUAUCAAUGUUUACUUUUCAUUUAUUUAAACAUGAAGACACGUUUUUGAAUUCUCCAAUCGUUUCUUUGAUUUUUAUUACAAUUUAAGCAUCUGAAAAGGUAAAGCAGAAGAAAUAUUAGAACGACAACAAUGUCGCUUUUUCCAGAAGAGGAUAUCCUUGCUCUGCAGCAGUUAGCACGCUUAGCCUCAGGUUAUUUAGACAAACUUGAACGACAUGAUAGCCAAGAACUUUUGUCGUACCUCAAUACCCAUUGGCUAAUCUCAAAUGACAUUUUUAAGAUACCCACAGAUCAGCUGAUGCAUUUGAUUUCACAAAAUAAUCCUUCAGAGGACACAUCUAUUAUUUUGUUUCCUGUAGAUGAAACCGUUUCACCAUUGUGUUACAGAGAAAUUCACAACAUUGUCCGAGAAUUGACUAUGGGCAUAUAUGUUUUUCAACAAACUCCUUUGAUUUCCUUGGAGGCUAGCUAUGACCAUGCCACUAUCUGCCACAUACCUCCUGCUUACAUUAACACUAAGAUUGGCCAGCUUCUUAUCUCAGUUGACUACAUGAUGAAAGCACUUUGGCAUGGGGCAUACUUUCCAAAAGAAAAGCGUACCAAGUUUGGAGAACGUUGGAGGACCAAUCUUGAUGUCAAUUUAUUGGGUGUAGCUGAAACUAAAAAACCCCUGCUUUCAGAAUUUGCCAGUGCUGGUCUGUUGGAUAUUACCAAAGAUCCUGAAUUUGCCACAGCAUAUGACAGCAUGCCUGCAGAGCUCACUGGUGAUGUUGAGACACUAGAAGAGAAUGAAUUCUUCAUGAAACACGUUGAUGAUAUCACUAUGAGGCUAACAGUCACACAAGACACAGUUUUGUUUUAUGAAAAUAUCUAUAUGGUUGAUGGUAAAUAUGAUGUCUCCAGCAUCAUCAGAAUUUUGGACAUAAACAUUGACCACAUUUUUUAUGAACGUCUCAAGACAAAACUGCACAUGCAUGAGGAAAUCAUUCAAAAGUACUUAGGAGCGAAGCAGGAAACACGUAGGCAGCUUGAGUUGCUUAAACUCAUCAGUUGCCUAGUGCCUUUCUUGCUGGGCAUGCGAAAAAAGAUGAGAAUUCCUGAUAUUAAUGGUCUAAUGAACCCAUACAACAGUGAUGAGUGUCGUACUGAACGAGAGCUUCCACCAUUAAUGGUCGGCCCUGAUUUUAAAUGUAAAAAUUUUAUGGCAGAAGACAAUUAUUUUCAUCUUCAUGGAGGUAUCAACUUUGACCUGGAAACUGAUUUUAUGGAAGAUGGACCUGAGGAACUUGAGAAUGAAUAUGAAAACAUCUGUGACACAGCCAUGAAGGAAUACCUAACCCACACUAGCUCUGAACAGCAGCGUGUAAGGGACCACUACAACAUUCCUACAGUUACUGUCAAUGGAAAACUGUACUAUGCUUUUGUAAUAGAGUUUGAAGGAUUCAGUGGAGCCCCACCCCAGAAACCUCUAUGGGUCAGAGCUUAUUAUGAAGAGAUGGACAAAAUGAAGCCUAAAAGGUUACCUCUGACAGAUAUUCAGAUUCAUGAACAGUUCAAAAGACGUUUUGGAUCAAAAAAGGCCAUUAAGUAUAAGACACCAUUGGUUGGAUUGAAAAUCUGCUCUCAGCAAGGGCUUCUUUCUAUGUUCAGUGCCUUGACUAGAAAAAUCUCUGGCACUAAGAUUGGGAAGCAGGAUGAACAAGGGAUGUCACUUAUACAUUAUGCUGCCAUUUACAAUAGGCCUCAGAUUAUUAUCUUGUUGCUAGUACAGUCUGUGGAUAUUAACAGUCGCAGAAACAACAUAGUUGCAUCAGCUUAUACAAAAACUUUUGGUGACUUAAAAGAACGCAAGAGUAGUAUUGAACUUGUUGCUGCUAAGAGUGAAAUACGACGCACUGAUAAACUCGAUGGCCCAACUGCACUUCACAUGGCAGCUCGUUGUGGCUCUUUAGAUGCUGCCUGUUGUCUUGUUUCCAAUGAUGCUGACAUGUCUCUCAUUGACCAGGAUGGCUGGACUCCCAUCCACUAUGCUGCUUUCUUUGAUCACAAAUCAAUUCUGACACUGUUACUCCGCAAAGAUAUGGAACUCCUUGAACAGACUACAACUAAUGACCUGCUUUCAACACCAUUGCUUUUGGCUGCCAGCUCUGGGGCUUUGUCUGCUGUGAAAUGUCUGAUUGACCAUGGUGCUGAUAUACAAGCCAGAGAUACUGAAGGAAACAAUGUUGUCAUAUUGGCAACUUUACGUUUUCACACUUCUGUGCUAGAAUACUUCAUUAAGAUUAAUAAUGAGGCUGUGCCAGUAUGGCACAUUUUAGUUGAAAUGCUCAAUGAUGAAGCCAUGGAUAAAAAAGACAGCGCUGUGAAAUGUCUUGAGAUUUUAACCACCAACAAGAAGAGUUACUGGAAGUUUAUUCUAGAAGCUGAUGGGGUGCCUGCACUGGUGCAACUCCUUCAGAUUGACAGUGAUAUCAUGCAGUCCGUAGCAGCAGCAGUUAUCUGUAACAUUUCUGAAAAUGAUCCUGUGAGAUUGGCACUGUCCAAGGCAAAAGCUGCUCCAGUUCUGAUUAAGUUGCUGGGAUCUCACAUAGAGGAUAUCCAGUCUCGAACAGCUAUCAUUCUUUCAGACAUUUCCUGUGUAGAAAAUAACCAGAAUUUCAUUGCAGAAUGUGGCGGCAUCCCCCCUUUGGUCCAGUUACUCUUUUCUGACUUAGAAGAUGUGCUAGUGAAUGCAGUCAACUGUAUACGUGUGCUGUGCAUCAACAACACCUCCAACCAGAAUACUGUUGCAGAGUGUGGAGCUUUAGAGCACCUGGUGGAGUUUCUUGAAAUACCUUCUGAGGAUCUACAGGCUGGGGCUGCUGCUGCUUUAGCUGCUGCUUGUUCUAAAAACACAGAGAAUCAAAAUAGAGUCAUCAAUGAGGAUGCACACAUACCUCUAGUUGAACUCAUCAAAAAUAGCAAAAGUACCACAGUACAAGUAAAAGCAGCCAGUGCACUAGAAGCUCUGGCCAGCCUAAACCCAGCAAGUCAGAAAAAGUUUCUGGAACUUGAUGCACCUAAAGCACUAAUACGGCUAUUAAAGAAUGUUUUUGUUGAAGUUCGUGAACAAGGGGCUUGUGCUCUCUGGGCUCUAGCUGGCAACACAAAAACACAACAGAAAAACAUUGCAGAGAGGAUCACCAUCACUCACAUCAUACAAAUGUUGCUGGAGCCGACAGAGAAACUUUUAUAUGUUGGUUGUAUGACAGCUAUAGCCCUUGGAUCAGAGAACAUAGGCAAUCAAAACAAACUGGCUGCUGCUGAUGCCUUUUCUCAAUUGGUUAGGUUGCUGCGAUCACCAAAAACCUCUAUCAAAGUACUUCACAUGGUGAUAAAAGUUUUGGGAAUAUUAUGCGUAGGUGUAGCCUUUCAGAACAAUAAAGUGACUCAAGGUAAGAUAGCUGAUGAAGGUGGCAUCCCUUUGUUGGUCCAUUUGCUGACCAAGCCACCUAAUGAUGAAAUCCAAGUGGAGGUGGCUAUUACCCUAGGUAAUGUUGUCCUUAGCAACCACGAGAACCAGGAGAAACUGGCUGAGGAGGCAACCUUUAAGUUUGAUACACUGUUGAUAAUGUUACGAUCUAAAGAUGAGGAAAUCCGUUUAAGAGCUGGUAUGGCCUUGACAAUAUUUGCUUUUAACAACACGCCACAACAAAUGAAUAUGAAACAUGCUGGAGGUAUCAGCUAUGAUGUGUUUGACAAAUUUAUUCAGUCCAAUGAUGAGUUUUACCAGUGCUAUGCAUCUUUUCAGAUUGUGGUUCUGGCUCGCAUUAUAAUUGACAAAGAUCAAGUAAGUUUGACAGCCCAGGGCAUCAUGAUGCUGGUGUCCAAACUCAACUCACCAGAAGAAAAGGUUGUGGUGCUCUCCUGUAGUCUGCUGGCUGCCCUGUCUCAUACACGAGCUGGUCUGACAGAUGCUAUGAUUACCUGUGGAUCUCUGGACUUGCUGGUCAACAAGUUAGACUCACCAAAUGACAUAGUCAGAAGUGGAGCCGCUGUGGCAUUAGGUUACCUUACAUUCAACAAAACAGCCUAUCGUCUCCUUUUCUCUUUAUGUCGUAAUGUACCAAAUUUGUUUGAGAAAAUAAUGAAGAACAUUGGGGAAGAGCCCAAAAUUUGUCAAGAUUUUAUUGAAGACUUCAAGCGAGCCACAAGCAUUGGUUUACCAUCUCAGUGCUUGGAAAUCAAUGGUGGACCUCAAGUUUUACAGAAAAAGAAACCUCCAGGAAGACGACCAAAGGCUUGCAGAUUAAAUGCCAAUGCAAAUAACAACCUUGCAGUAUCAGCGCCCCCUAUGCCAUUCAUACAAAGCAGCAUGCAUACACUUCCAGAGAUUGUUGAACCAAUGUUUAAGAAGGAAACAGUGAGUGACAUGAGAUUGACUUCACCUUCUGUUCUAGUCUCCUGUGAAGACAGCUGUGAUCAUUGAAAAUCUGGACAAAGAAAGUGAAACAGUCAAGAUGUAACAUGACUUUCUGAUUCACCCAGUUUAAUGUCAUUGCUAUCAAUGUUUUUAAUCCUUGCUUCUGUUAAAUUAUGUUGCUAAAAUAUGUCAGUUUAGUGACAAAAUAAUAAUAAUUUUAAAAAUCCCUAAUAAAUAGAAAACAUGUUUUAAGAGAAUAAAUUAAUUAAGUCUUGUAAUUGUUUUGAACAUAUUUACAGCAUUUGAAAGUAUAUAAAAAAACAAACAUAUUUGUAAAGGGAACAAAUAAUUGUAGAAAACUGAAUUAAGAUGAUGUAUUUCAAUUUUUAAAAAGAUUUUGAUAUUCUUUUAUCAAAACUAUUCUAAUUUAUUUAAACUUUCACCUUGCCCAUAUGUUAUCCUAUCUAAACAAACUUAAGUUACUAGGUUAUGUCUUCUAAUAGUUCCAUUCCUCCGCAACUGCGGUGAUAAAUGUCUACAACUGUGAUUUUUUUUUUUUUUACUUUAUACACUGGCAUUUUAAAUUCAAAUUCAUUUUGGUAAAAUUUGUUUAUUCCCAAUAUUAUAGUGUCCAUCAGAACAUAAAUAUAGUGUGGAUUUACAUCCUCAAUACACAUUUUUGUUUUAGAAAA